ACACCAAGGAAAACCUAUAGAACCUGGGAAGCUGAGGCCCAGGGAUGUCAACUGAUUUGUUCAAGCUCCUCCAGUAAAUUACCAUCUACAUUAACGACGUCGAAAGUAGCCUAUUUUAAGAGGAAAUAUGCAGAAGAAGAAGAUUUACAUCAAGAUUACAAUGGGUAUUUUCCAAAACACCUGAUAUUACCAGAAGACCGGACCUGCAUUCUAAAACUUUCACUAGAGAAGCUCAGGUUUCUUGAAGACCCUGAAACCUAUCUUCGAAGGUCUGUGCUGAUCAACAAUUUGUUGAGGAAGAUCCACCUGGAGACAGAAAAAGAGAGUUAUGAAUACUUUAAAGAAGCUCCCUGUUAUAGGACUGCUUAUUCUGAUACAAGAAAACGGCUGAAGUUUAUGGUACAAGAAUGCUGCUCUCAGUCACUCUAUUAUGAAGAGCUGCAUUCGUACCAUAUUGUGCCUUAUUCUGCGGAGAAUGCCAUUUAUGGAAUGGGCUACAGCAGCAGCCACUUGGAGCAAAAUUCUCAGUUGCUUAUUUAUAAAAUGAAUUAAAGCAACUAUUAGGUUGAUUUCCUAUUUUUAUUUCUAAAUGCCUGAACUGUUUCUAAGUGAACAGGUUUUACUGAUUACCCAGUGCAUUUGGAUUCAACACUAAGAUGCACUUUUAACUGAAUGGAAGCAUACUUUGAUUAAUAUUUAGCAGUCCUUUAUAUCAUCAUAUUGAAUUAAAAUUAUGUCCAUAAAUUCUAAAGUUUGCAGAUUAAGUGCUUUUGGAAGCUGAGCUCUCUUUUAAGAUAUGGUUUCAAAUGUAAAGUUGUUCAUGGAGGUUUUUAGACAUUUUCAUCUAUAUUUGUUACACCACCAUUGGUGGAGAAUAAAAAAAUGAAGAGAAGAACAGACUCACCUGACAGUGUAGUCUCAAUGAGGAUAACGGAUGUUUUGAAUUUAGCAUCCUUUAAAAGAUGAGAAAGUGGGCAAGUACUUUCAGAAAUGCUCUAUGUUUUUCCAAACAUUUGUGCCAAAGCAUUUGCUGGGCACAAUUUUCAGCCUCAAGAGCUAGAAUUCAAAAUGGGGCAAUAAUAGAUCCUGUAAAUUCAGAAUAAAAUAAUUGAGGGAGGGGAGGGAAAGGAAACUUUAAAUGGUUGCACUAAAUUGUACUCAAUUUUACUCAUCUCAUGGCUUAGUAGCCUUUGUUGUUGAGCAGUGAAAUUUAGUGAACGCUCUGUCUUGGGUCUUGUCACCAGUCACAGUUUGUGGUGGGCCACUACUAAAUAGUGAUAAUCUCAUUUAAUUUCUUUAGUCAUCUGUUUUGGAGCCUGGGGAAGGGGUGGGUGGGCAAACUUUUUCACAAACUGAAACUUUUUUUCCUGUAGUUAUCAAGACUGGAAUAAACCAGCAGAUAUGCCAGGGUAUUCUUGCUUUACCCAUUUUUAAGAGUGCUCUAGAUAAUGGUAUUUCAAUUUUGCACUGGUUUUAACAUUACUCUCAAGCACUAAUUGACAGAGUUUCAGAGUGCCAUUGGUAUAACAGUUUAGGUAGUUACAUUUUUGAAAUAUGAAAGUUGUUUAUUUAAUAUAUUAGAUAGAAUUAUUAAAUUGUUGGAGGUAUUUUAUAUCAUUUGAGAUUUGAGGGUGAUAUCCAUCUUCAGUUUUUAGAGUUUUGUCUUAUCAAGCAUGUUAUAUUAAAAAGGUAAUAUAAAAUGAUCAAGCAGAUUGGGAAAACUAGUUGCCAAAGGUAUACUCAGAAAAAACCAAAGACUAAUGUUAAUGAGGCUGUGAUAUUGGAAAGAAGAAUUGGAAAUGAGGAUUGCUUAGGAAUGAAAAGCAACUACUGAUACUUCUGUAAACUUGGUACUUACUAUAAUGUGUUUGAUGUUCAUUUUGGGACUUGACACAAAACGAUAGAAUAGUCAAAGGCCUUGUUUUAGGUGACAAAUUACAAACCUUCAGUAACCAUACUUCAUUAUCAGUGAAAAGGUGAUGGUUUGUUAUAUGGUCCUGAUGCUGAAAGCAGACUCUUAACACUUGGAAAAUGACUUUCUAUUUGUGAGAUUUGUAGCUUCUGACUUGAUAUAUUGUUUGUGCCCUAUUGUGAACUAUUACAAUGUUUAUCAUGGGUGCAUUUGAUAUCAAGGAUUUUAAAAUCUUAAUUAGAAUGCAUGGCAGCAGAUUACAAAGACAGAAUGGUGAAUUCUGCCAGGUGCAUAUUUAAUAUUACUGUCAAAUCCAGGAUAAAAAGCAUUACAGCAAAAUGAAAAAUCAGAAUUGAGGUUAAUACCCAUGCAAUGUAAGCUGAAUGGAAAAAUCAUAAUAGAAAAAAAAACCAAGCAUCUGGGAGCCAAAUUUAGUCAAGAA